AUGAUUACGCACACGGAAAGAUUUUUACAGUGACAGGGAAUUUACCGAAGUGGACCUAAAUGUUUUUGUUCUCAAUCAGGUUCCAACAGAAAGCAGAGAGGAAUUAAUGACUGAAUACUUCACCAGAAGUCCAGCCUCUUCGGGUCCCACCGGUAAAGAUCAGGGCACCCCCACCAGCUACGUCACGCCCACCGUACAUGCAUCUAACCAGAGGCCGGGCCAAAGUGUUAAGCCAUCUUCUCGGCAGCCUGUCAGCCAGUCGCAGGCCUCUGGCCGACCUGUGACCCAGAGGAUCAACCAGUCACUGAGCAGGACGUUCAGCCUGGCCUCUGCUGAUUUGCUCCGCUCCAAUGGGCCAGACAGUUUUCAUGGAAACGGGGGCUCUCCGAACCAGUCAGACACGGUGGUUCGGAGGCAAGGAGGAGGGACUAAUGGAAGAGAGAGGCCGCUCUCUGCCCGUUUGGCCAGCUCAACCAAUCAGCACAGAGACAGCGGCAUCCCGAACUCCCCCAUUCACCAUUCGUCUUCUCUCACGCUGCAGACAGACAGACAUGUGGAGAGAGAGCGCGAUAGAGGGCGGACUCCUGUGUCCCCUAACGGCCUCUCGUCGUCUUACUAUCAUCGUGGGGAGGUUGCCAUGGUAACCCCUGUGAGGGCUGUGCCCACUGCUCAGCCGGACGAAGCCUUGGAACAUGGAGAGGUGUUCGGGGAGGAGCGCCCAGGUGAGCCUUUUCGCCAGCACAAAGACAGCGAGCGGGUGAGAUGCACCUCUGCGGAACGUCCAAAAAGCACACCCGCUUCCCCUGACCCCAACAACGAUCCCCAGACUGUGUGGUAUGAGUACGGCUGUGUCUAAUCACAGAAGCCAAGACAAGGAUUCGGUUGGGUUUGUAUAAAAACGGGAACACGGACCACAGUCUACUUUCUGGAGCUUCUAUUUGAC